AUGGGCCAUGCAAUCGUGCAGAGCUUAAACGAGCUCACUCAACUCGAUCCCGGUCUGCACUGGUUCUGCCCUCGCUCCGCUGCGGCGGACUCUCGUGGUUUCUUUGACGAAGACGUUCUCGCAGACCUGCCGAAAGAAUCCGACCACGACAAAGCAGCCCGGUUGCGCGAGAUCGACAAUGCCAACCAAAGGCGCGAUGUGGCGUUAGACGUAUGCAAGAUCUUCGCUUACGAUGGUGUCGAUGCUCUGCCCUUCCAAGACCAAUUACGACUCGCCCUGAAAGCCCAACUCACUCGCUGCGAUGUCUGCGUGCGCGAAUACCACCGCUCACGGAGCCUGCUCAUGCAGAGACUGGAGUCGCAGUUUGAUAUUGAGGAAGUGAGACACUUCAUGGACCAGUUCGAUGCCAUGAACAUCACCCGCAUUUCGAACGGCUUGAAAACCAUGGAGGAAGCUCUGCUCACUCUGCCGCCGGACAAACGCAGCAUCGCCGCUACUGGUGACGCCGGCAUGUAUGCUCUGUUCGAGGCCUUCCAUUGCAUCCCUUUCCUCAAGGACGAAGAGACGCUGCAGAAAUCCCUGGAUCGCCCUUUGGAUCUCUUGCAGACCAAAAAGAAAGUCAAGCUCCCCAGCUAUGCGCCCGGAAUGGCCGCGUUUAUCUUCUCUCACAAUCAGGAAAGGCGUUCAUGGGCGAUGAAGAACUUCUCUGGCAUCAGAAGACCCCUCACCAGCACGGAGUUUGAAUACAGCGUGAAACCUUUCCUUGAAGCGGGUCUUGCUCGCGUCAACAUUCUCGCCAUGCAAAGGGAUUUCCUACCAACUUUUUGGCGUGGUACGCGGGAGAUCGUACUGAAACUCACAACAGACCUGAUCGCCACGCACCUUCGAGCGAUGGACAGCAAUCUCUACACUGUCGGGUUGGAGCACUUCCAGAUCGACGAUGCCCACUUCACCGAUUUGUUAGCAACCUAUCAAUUACUGGUCGAGCAGAGUCCCACCGAUUUCUGGGAUGCCAUGGCACCUAUCUCGGCCCAAUCCGUCGUGGAAACGAUCUUUCGAAGUCCGGCUUUGCAGAAAACGCUCAAAAUCACUCAGGAGACGCAGCCGCUGCAGUUGGGGGAGAAGAUGGAAUGGACGGUCCAAAUCACAAAGUCUCUGAAGCCCGUCAAUGUCGUGGCCCCGGUGAAGGUCAUCCUGGAUCAGCUGCUGCAUGCCAUUCAAAAAGAUCCAUAUUCCCGAUAUGCUCGCUCCGUUUGCUGGCAAAAGGGGCUAACGUGUCUUCUCACCGCCCUUCGCACCAUGAGAGAGCAUGUCAAAAGCGGACCCACCAUCAGACACAUGGUCCAGAUCGUCGCGAAAGACCACAUCCCUUUGGUCAUGUCCGAAUUGGAUGGGAUUGAGAAGAAGACCGAGAUGCAAAUCGACAAGACCGAGCAAAUGUGUCUGGAUAUUGUUGAGUACACAUUGGCUUUGGAUGUCGCCGGACUGGCACAGGACCGGUACACGAUCGUCAAAACCAAGGCUCUCGACCAUGAGCUCAACAUUAGUGGAUUGGAGAUGUGGAAGAUGAGCAUGCGACAUGUGCGACCUGGGCAUCCUUCACUCGCGGCCUCCAUUCUCUACGGAAUCCGUGAUCUGCUUCUGCUAGAGACCUUUCCACCACGUCAUAUCUCGGCCACGUUGAAGCAGGCAGAGUUGUGGAAUCUUGCCCUCGGUCGAGUGCAGACUUACGUGUGUAACGACCUUCUCGAACGCCUUGAUGCGUUCGGUGCCGAGCAACUCGACGAGCUGUUCAUGCUUCCAAGCGCGGCCAAUGGCUUGAUACAUCUACUUUUCAGUGGCGAGGCAAGCGUGCAUCAAUCCGCACUGAACGUCCUCAAAGUCCUCAGCGGUCAGGACGAGCGUCGCGGCAGCAUCAUGCACAUCAUAUCCGCCUUCCCAACGACCUCAGUGCCGUCAAUCAACGAAGCUCUCGCCAGAAUAGCUCGGCACAGGGUAUUCGCUCCAUGCUCCGUCACACUCAAGCUGUGUACAGAUGUGUUGAGCUCCUUGUGCGACAGUCAGGAUGGCAUACUGAGAUCGAAGAAGAUCAGCGAAGAUUCGAUGAAGGGCAUUGAGCUGUUCUGGGAACGCAUUUGGCUGGUUCUCGGCAUGAUCUUCGAGCAGACUGAACCAUGGAGCAACCACGGUUACGACAAGCAGAUGCUGCAGGAUUUCUGUCGCGAGACGAUGGCUUUUGCCGACUACGCAUUCGACCAGUAUUCCAUCAUCGCCACUACCUUGCAGGGAUCUGCCAAGGCUGCCAAAGGUCAGGUGAGGAAGAUGCUGUUGGAGUUUCCAAAGUCGAGAUUCUCGCAGAUCACGAAAUGGCUUCGCUUGAGGGACGAGUAUCUCAUCAACAAGGCUGUUACACUGACGACGAAGAUUCUUGGUCGUUUGCAGGAAGUGGGCAUCCAGAUCGAUGACGGCGCAGCUCAAUACCUUCAGAACGUUGUCACAAGUACCGACAAGAAUGCAGUGGUCAGGACCAAGCUGUCUCCACAGCAGAAAGCGGAGCUGCAACGAGCCCUCGAGAAUCAUACCGGAGAGAGCAUCGCUGAAGUUGUGGAGAUUUCUUCUGCAGAUGUACGAAAGAAGCAGUCUAGUCUGGAAGGAUGGACCUCAAGUGCUAGGGGCAGUGGGGCUUCUACACCAGUCAGCGAUGCUGGUCGGGCCUCCAAGCCGGGGACGAUCGAUGUCGACGCCUGGUCCGAAGCGGCGAAGCGUCGGAAAGAGGCGCAGGCUAAAGAAGAGGCGGAGAUGAAGAAAAUAAUGAACACCAUCCCUGGAAGUGAGGCGCAAAGGAAGAAGCUACUCUUACAGCAGAAGAAGCCAACUUCGACGCCCGCGAUCGUCAAGUCGGCGCAGAAGAACCAAGAAGCGGCGAACGAUUUCCUGCUCAAGCGUCAACGGGAGAAGGAGGAAGCUGCGAAACGAAAGGCAGCGGCAGUGGCCAAAGCGAAUGGCGUUGUUGGUGUUGGAAGCGGUGUCACCGGCCUGGGUGAUAUCGGCAAAGAUCAUUCAAUGAAGGGUCAGAACGUGAUGGUCUCGUCUGAUGAGGAGAGCGAGGAGGAUGAGGAGGACGAGCUGGAUGUCGAGCUGUUCGGACUCGGGCCCGGCAAGAAGAAGACCGCGCGCCCUAACGUUGAUCCGAAUGGCGCGCUCGGGCUAAAAGCAGAGCAGAAGAAUGCUCCGACGAGAAUCCACAGAACACAGAGGAGUCUAAAGGAUCAAAGGGCAAGACUGGCACCAGAUCUGACGCCACUACAUCGAAUCAUCUUGGGCUGGGAUUUCUUCCACGAAGGCGACUACCCUCCUGGAUCAAAAGAGCACCAAUUCCGCGGCGUGUCGAAUUCCUUCACCGAUCCAAUCACCUACCGAGACACCUUUCAGCCGUUGCUGACCUUGGAAGCAUGGCAAGGGAUGGUGAAAGCACGGGAAGAGACCGUCGCCAAGCCGUACGAAGUGAAGAUCCAGAAUCGCACGAAUGUCGACUCCUUCAUUGAGCUCAGCAGCUUGAUCGGACACCAGGAGAAUCGCGAGGUUCAGAUACAAGAAGGAGACAUCAUUCUACUUUCGAAGGUCAAGAACGCCGUUGCAGACUCAACUGCACCGCACUGUCUGGCUCGCGUCUACCGUGUGAAGCGGCAAAAAGCAUUCCUGGAAAUCGUCUAUCAGGUCGUGUCUGGCUCGAGCUUAGCUCCCUCGCUGCUCCAGCAAGCCACGGUCUGGGGUGUCAAGAUCCAGACCAUCGUUCCAUUGGAGCGAGAGUAUGGCGCAUUGCAGGCGUUGCAGUAUUACGACCUCUGCAACCAGAUUGUGCAAGCGAAACCAUCCAAGCGAAUCACAUUCAGCGAAAGGCAAAUCGCAGCCUAUCAAGAUGUCUGGAAUGUCAACCGUGCGCAGAGUGAGGCCAUCAAUGCCGCGCUGACGAAUGAAGGGUUCUCCCUUAUCCAGGGACCGCCUGGCUCCGGCAAGACGAAGACAAUCGUUGCGAUUGUCGGAGGUCUGCUGACGCAAGCAUUGAGUGCCUCUAACACCGGCACGAAAAUUGCCAUGCCCAAGGUCAACGGCGAUGCCAACUCUGGCGCAGAUGCUCCACCCAGAAAGUUGCUCGUGUGUGCACCUAGCAAUGCGGCGGUUGAUGAAUUGGUCAUGCGCUUGAAAGAAGGGGUCAAGACCAAGAGUGGAAGACAUCACAAGCUGAACGUGGUCCGCAUUGGCCGCAGUGAAGCCAUCAACCAGCAGGUCCUGGAUGUGACGAUGGACGAGCUGGUGGCGCAGCGCAUGGGGACUGCCGACAACGAUCAGAAGAUGCGAGAGAAGAACGCAGAGCUCUUCAAGGAGCAUGAGAAGGUGUCGACCGAACUGCGUGAGCUGUCUGCAAAGAGAGACAGCGGGUCCAUCAUCGGCAAAGCCCUCUCCGACAUGGAGUCUGACCUACUGGCCUUGCGUAAGCGAAAGAGAGAUCUGGGAGUCCGCAUUGAUAACGCAAAGGACGCCGAACGCAACGCGAAUCGGCAAGCGGAACUGAACAGGAAGAGAGCGCAGCAAGCUGUUCUCGACGAUGCACACGUUAUUUGCGCGACCUUGAGUGGCAGUGGUCACGACAUGUUCCAAAGCAUGAACAUCGACCUCGAGACGGUGAUCAUCGAUGAAGCGGCGCAGUGCGUCGAGAUGAGCUCGCUCAUCCCGUUGAAGUACGGCUGCGUCAAGUGCAUUCUGGUCGGUGAUCCGAAACAACUUCCACCCACGGUCUUCUCGAAAGAGGCAGCCAAGUUCCAGUACGAACAGUCGCUCUUCGUCCGGAUGCAAAACAACUUUGCCAAUGAAGUUCAUCUGCUCGACACGCAGUACCGCAUGCAUCCGCAAAUCUCACUCUUCCCAUCCAAGACAUUCUAUGAUGCGCUACUCAAGGACGGACCAGGUAUGGCUGGUUUGCGCGAGCGGCCAUGGCACAAGAGCGCGCUCCUCGCCCCGUACAAGUUCUACGACGUCGCCGGUCAACAUCAAGCUGCUCCGAAAGGUCAUUCCCUGGUCAAUCUGGCAGAGAUUGAUAUCGCAAUGCUACUCUACCAGCGACUGAUAUCGGACCAACCAAACUACGACUUCACCUCCAAAAUCGGCAUCAUCACGCCCUACAAGUCACAGCUGAACGCCUUGAAGACCAAAUUCCCCGCGCGGUUCGGAGAUUCUGUCUUUCAGAACGUCGAAUUCAAUACCACCGAUGCGUUUCAGGGGCGAGAGAGCGAGAUCAUCAUCUUCUCCUGUGUGAGAGCUUCACCCGCUGGUGGCAUUGGCUUCUUGCAGGAUGUUCGACGUAUGAAUGUCGGACUAACGCGAGCCAAGUCGAGUUUGUGGGUGCUGGGGAAUUCGGAGAGUCUCGUUCGCGGACAGUUCUGGAGGAAGCUGGUGGAAGAUGCAAAGGCCAGAGAUUGCUACACCAGCGGUGAUCUCAAGGGCAUGCUGAGUCAAGCGUCGUCGCAUUUCCCAGCGCCUGCAAUCACUACCGCCGCUAUGUUGGAUGGGAGCUCCGAGGUUCAGACGAUUGACCGCACCUCUGGCAUAAAUCCGACAAGGAAUGGGGCAGGUUCUGCGCCGGCGGAGCCUCGUCUUCCAAUCUCGGCGGUGCAGGAUAGUCGGGCUGAUCGCAUGGAGGGCAUUCGCUACCGAGCCGAGGAUCGCCUGCAAAGCAAGAAACCUACAGCAUCGACAAACGAGAGCCGUUCUGCGCAGCCUCUCAAGGAGCCGAUCGAUAAGUCAAUCGAUCAAGAAGACAUCGAGAUGCGCAACGCCGACGACGAAGCCGCGAUGUCGAAUCGCUCCUCUGUCUCCAGAUCCGCCACGCCACUCUCAGCAGCGGAGGAGAAGAAGCGGCCGGCUGGUGGAGCAGGGACGGCUCGGCCAGGCAGUGUGGCGCCUGCGCCUGUUGCACAACAUCUCAAAAAGAGACCUGCGCCAAGCCCGUUUAUGCCGCGGAAGCAGGCCAAGCCAAAGCAGUGA